AAUGAGCGUGCGCCGCGUCCGGGGCCGGCUGGUGCGCGAGACGCCGCCGAGAGGUUGGUGGCUAAUCUAACAGUUUGCAAACCGAGGGGAGUUGUGAAGGGCGCAGGCUGUGGGGCGCGCUGCCGGCCUCGUGGGUACGUCCGCGCCGCGUUUGUCCCCGCUGGGGUUACAGGAGCGCAGGCAAGAGGGGCACAAUGGCAGCCACAGUCAGGAGGCAGAGGCCAAGGAGGCUAGCCUGUUGGGCCGUGAUAGCUGUGCUCUUGGCAGACCUGCUGGCACUGAGUGACACGCUGGCAGUGAUGUCUGUGGACCUGGGCAGUGAAUCCAUGAAGGUGGCCAUCGUCAAGCCUGGAGUGCCCAUGGAAAUUGUCUUGAACAAGGAAUCCCGGAGGAAAACCCCAGUGACUGUGACCCUGAAAGAAAAUGAAAGAUUCUUUGGAGACAGUGCAGCGGGCAUGGCCAUCAAGAAUCCAAAGGCUACGCUACGUUACUUCCAGCACCUCCUGGGGAAACAGGCAGAUAACCCACAUGUGGCCCUUUACCGGACCCGUUUCCCGGAGCAUGAGCUAAGCUUUGACCCACAGAGGCAGACUGUGUACUUCCAGAUCAGCUCGCAGAUGCAGUUCUCACCAGAGGAGGUGCUAGGCAUGGUUCUCAAUUACUCCCGUUCCCUGGCUGAAGAUUUUGCAGAACAGCCCAUCAAGGACGCAGUGAUCACCGUGCCAGCCUUCUUUAACCAGGCUGAGCGCCGAGCUGUGCUGCAGGCUGCUCGCAUGGCUGGCCUCAAAGUGCUGCAGCUCAUCAAUGAUAACACUGCCACCGCCCUCAGCUAUGGUGUCUUCCGCCGGAAAGAUAUCAACACCACUGCCCAGAAUAUCAUGUUCUAUGACAUGGGCUCAGGCAGCACCGUGUGCACCAUUGUGACCUACCAGACCGUGAAGACUAAGGAAGCUGGGAUGCAGCCACAGCUGCAGAUCCGGGGAGUGGGGUUUGACCGCACCCUGGGAGGCCUUGAGAUGGAGCUCCGGCUGCGUGAGCACCUGGCUGGGCUUUUCAAUGAGCAGCGUAAGGGCCAGAGGGCAAAGGACGUGCGGGAGAACCCUCGUGCCAUGGCCAAGCUGCUGCGUGAGGCUAAUCGGCUCAAAACCAUCCUGAGUGCCAACGCUGACCACAUGGCACAGAUCGAGGGCCUGAUGGAUGAUGUGGACUUCAAGGCAAAAGUGACUCGAGUGGAAUUUGAGGAUUUGUGUGCAGACUUGUUUGAGCGGGUACCUGGCCCGGUGCAGCAGGCCCUCCAGAGUGCCGAAAUGAAUUUGGAUGAGAUUGAGCAGGUGAUCCUGGUGGGUGGGGCCACUCGAGUCCCCAAAGUUCAGGAGGUGCUGCUGAAGGCCGUGGGCAAGGAGGAGCUAGGGAAGAACAUCAACGCAGACGAAGCAGCCGCCAUGGGGGCUGUGUACCAGGCAGCUGCACUCAGCAAAGCCUUCAAGGUGAAGCCCUUUGUAGUCCGCGAUGCAGUGGUCUACCCCAUCCUGGUGGAGUUCACACGGGAGGUGGAGGAGCCUGAAGGGGUUCGCAGCCUGAAGCACAAUAAACGUGUCCUCUUCUCCCGGAUGGGGCCCUACCCUCAACGCAAAGUCAUCACCUUUAACCGCUAUAGCCAUGAUUUCAACUUCCACAUCAACUACGGUGACCUGGGCUUCCUGGGGCCUGAGGAUCUUCGAGUAUUUGGCUCCCAGAAUCUGACCACGGUGAAGCUAAAAGGUGUGGGCGAGAGCUUCAAGAAGCAUCCCGACUACGAGUCCAAGGGCAUCAAGGCUCACUUCAACCUGGAUGAGAGUGGUGUGCUCAGUCUAGACAGGGUGGAGUCUGUAUUUGAGACGCUGGUGGAGGACAGCCCAGAAGAGGAAUCGACCCUUACCAAACUUGGCAACACCAUUUCCAGCCUGUUUGGAGGUGGUACCACACCAGAGGCCAAAGAGAACGGCACUGAUACUGUCCAGGAGGAGGAGGAGAGCCCUGCAGAGGGGAGCAAGGACGAGCCUGGGGAGCAAGGGGAGCUCAAGGAGGAAGGCGAGGCCCCAGUGGAGGAUACCUCUCAGCCCCCACCCGCUGAGCCUAAGGGGGACACAGCCCCUGAGGGAGAAAAGGCCCCAGAAGAAGAAAAUGGGGACAAGGCUGAGGCCCAGAAGCCAAGUGAAAAGGGGGCGGCAGGGCCUGAGGUUGUCCCUUCAGCCCCAGAGGAAGAAAAGAAGCAGAAGCCUGCCAGGAAGCAGAGAAUGGUGGAGGAGAUCGGGGUGGAGCUGGUUGUUCUGGACCUGCCUGACUUGCCAGAGGAUGAGCUGGCUCGCUCCAUGCAGAAACUUCAGGACUUGACACUCCGAGACCUGGAGAAGCAGGAACGGGAGAAAGCUGCCAACAGCUUGGAAGCGUUCAUCUUUGAGACCCAGGACAAGCUCUACCAGCCCGAGUACCAGGAAGUGUCCACGGAGGAACAGCGCGAGGAGAUCUCUGGGAAACUCAGUGCCACGUCCACCUGGCUGGAGGAUGAGGGUUUUGGGGCCACCACGGCGAUGUUGAAGGAAAAGCUGACUGAGCUGAAGAAGCUGUGCCACGGGCUGUUUUUUCGGGUGGAGGAGCGCAAGAAGUGGCCCGAACGGCUGUCUGCCCUCGAUAAUCUCCUCAACCAUUCCAGCAUGUUCCUCAAGGGGGCCCGACUCAUCCCAGAGAUGGACCAAAUCUUCACUGAGGUGGAGAUGACAACGCUGGAGAAAGUCAUCAAUGAGACCUGGGCCUGGAAGAAUGCGACUGUGGCUGAGCAGGCCAAGCUUCCCGCCACAGAGAAGCCCGUGUUGCUCUCAAAAGACAUCGAGGCCAAGAUGAUGGCCCUGGACCGGGAGGUGCAGUAUCUGCUCAAUAAGGCCAAGUUUGCUAAGCCCCGGCCUAGGCCCAAGGACAAGAAUGGGACCCGGGCAGAGCCUCCCCUCAAUGCCAGUGACCAGGCGGAGAAGGUCAUCCCGCCAGCAGGCCAGACUGAAGAUGCAAAGCCCAUUUUAGAACCUGAGAAAGCAGAGACGCAGUCUGAACCAGUGGACACUGAGCCUCUGGAGCUAGGAGGUCCCGGAGCAGCAGAACCUGAACAGAAGGAGCAGCCGACAGGACAGAAGCGGCCUUUGAAGAACGAUGAACUAUAACCCCUGCCUCCUGUUCCCCAUUCGUCUCCACCCCCUUCUCCCACCACCGCUAUUUAUUAAACAUGGAGGGUGGGGGAAGGGGGUGGUCCUGCCCUCAGGGGCUCGAGUCCUUUUCUCUCACCUGUGAUUAGAGGUGUGGGGAAGGAAAGGAAGGGACAGCUCUCACUGGUUCCUUCCGCAGUAGCUCUGUGGUUAAAAACUGAAAUUGUUCUCUUCCCCAGUCCCAUCCCCUGGUUCCCUGCCCAUCUAGGCCCUAGAUUUGGGGAAAAUCACUAUUAUGUCUUAACUCUUUGCCUGUGGGUAGGCGAGAGAAUGGCUGUCAGUGGUUGACUGAGACCUGGUGGUGGGAAGGAUGUCCUGGGAUACUGCGGAGUCCCCUGUCUUCUCCGACCUUUCUUUCUCUCCUUGCCUCUUCCACCGUGAGAGCAACGUUCCAUUCAGGCCAGUGUCUGCAGGGCCUCGGUUACUAGGUUUGGUUUCUGAGUGCCUAUCUAUGUUCUUUUCUCCCUUCAUGGUCUUCUCUUGCCCUGAACACCCUCACCCACCCACCCAUUCCCAUCUGGCCCCUCUUCCCAUGGGUUUCUUUGGCUUCCUGCUGUGAGUUGGGCAGCUCUCUGCCCCUUGCCCGAAGCCCUUCCAUCUGGACUGGCUGAAGUCAACGUAGAAGUAUUCCCACCUGCUUAUACAACUCCUAGCGGCCAGAAUAGGCAGGGACAAAGUGAAGAAGGAAAUCCACCGCCUCUCCAGUGAAUGCCAUGUGUGACAGCCCUGGAGCUCCCACCUGUGGGCUGUUAGGCCCAGGAAGGCCACCGGGAAUGGUUGGUGCAGGAUGCCAGCAUCCCGCAGGCUCUGUCAAAAUCUGCAUCUUCCCCGUAGCCUGGCAUCCCAGGUUCCUCUGACUACCUGCCCCCUUCUCUCUCCUGCUGUCCUGCCUUUCCCAGACAGAGCUUUCUCACAUCCCCUGGCCCCUUGGGCUGACCAAAAUGUGCUUUCUACUGUGAGCCCCUAUCGCAAGACCCUGGGGGAAGGAGAGACCACCACGGUGUGAAUGUAAAAAUGCCACCUCUUUUUGAGGCAGGCCUUGUGGGUAAAGGAAGAAGGUCAGGGUUGGCCUUCCAUUGCUCUGCUAGGAUGGGGGGCGGGCCCCUACCACCAUGCCGAUGUCUAGAGAGCCCGUCCUCCAGUGUUCCACCGGUAGCAGGAGCUAGGGCUGCCACCCCAGCUCCAGGACAAGAGCAAACCUAGUUGUGUCAGUCAUUUUGUCUUUUCUCUCUCUCUUUUUUUUUUUUGCCACAUUGGCAGAGAUGGGACUUAAGGGUCCCACCCCCACCCUCUCCACCCCGUGUAUGUUUGAGUUCUUUUAUUAGCAGUUGAAGCUGGUUGGAUAGAUUUGAGUCAAAUUUUACUUUGCUCCAUUGUUAAUUGAAAAACUGUUUCAAUAAAAUAUUCUUUUCUACA